GAAGUUAGAGAGAAGAGAAUGAAAGAGAGGAAGAGAGGCGUCUCGUGAAGCAGCAGAAGGACGAAGGAAAGAAAAAAAUUAAAAAUUAAAAAAGGCUCUCUCUCUUUUUCUCUUCUUUUCUUUAUUUUCCUGUAAAAAACUAAAACCCUUCUCCUCUUCAAUCUCCACCGUUUUCCCCCUCCUCCCGUAUUCAUUCUUUGUUUCCUUUAUUUAUUUAUCACGAGAUCCCCAUUUCUUUCUCUCUUUUCCGGUCUCAUGCCUCCUCCUAUUCGCUUCUCUCUUCAAUGACUACCUUAUUUUCGUUCACAUGCAUUGCUGUUUCUGAACAAACCCAAGACACGAAAGGCAGAAUCUAACUGCCCCAUUUCGUUUUGUUGUUCGCUAUUUUGAUUAGUUUUGAUAAUUGUUGUUGUUAGAAUGUCACAUUCCGGGAAAAACAUUGCCACUGACUUAGGGUUUGAUCAUCUAUCUAUUCGUGAUUCGUUGAGUUGCGAAAUGAACAAGCCGGAUUUCCGAGAACUCGAUCUGGGUUCACCGGUCUCGCCGCUUCGGACUCGAACCACUGGACUCUCCACCACCACUACAACAACCACCAGCUCCAGCUCUAGCUCGUCCGGAUCCGUUUCUGGCCAAACCAGGUCCAACCCAGGUGCCAAAAGGCCUGAAUCUAGCCCGAGUAGCCACUCAGGUGAACUCUCCGGUUCAUUUGAAACAAGCCCAAAUGUUCCUAAUCGUAAUUUGAAGGUGGCUUAUAGUAGAUCCGACUCAGCAGCGACGCACCCGUUAAUAUACUCCGGUAACCACGGUUCCGUCAACUCGCCGCCCACCAAUGUACUUCCCACUGGCAACAUCUGUCCAUCUGGAAAAAUAUUGAAAACGGGAAUGGGUCUAACGUCUAACCGGAGCACGAGAACCGAUACGCUUGGAUCAGGUUCGGGUCAUUAUGGGCACGGAAGCAUAAUGCGUGGUGGGUGUAGCAACGUUUCUACUGCUUCGUCUUGUAGAAGCGGAGGAGGUGUGGUGGCGGGCCCGGAAAAUGCGGCCGGUGGUAAGAUUCAUAGAGGCGGAGCUUGCGGCGGAGAUGCCGAGGAGUUAAAGAGAAUAGGGAAUGAGUUGUAUAGGAAGGGUUGUUUUGGUGAGGCUUUGAGCAUGUAUGAUAGGGCGAUAGCUUUAGCGCCGGGAAACGCUGCGUAUAGGAGUAAUAGAGCUGCAGCGUUGACGGCGUUAAGGAGGAUUUGGGAGGCUGUCAAGGAAUGCGAAGAGGCUGUGAGAUUGGAUCCUAAUUAUUGCAGGGCUCAUCAGCGUUUGGCAUCUUUGCUUAUAAGGUUAGGACAGGUUGAGAAGGCAAGGAGUCACAUUUAUUUACCUGGGCAGCAGCCUGAUCAAAAUGAGUUGCACAAGUUGCAGGCUGUAGAGAAGCAUCUUAGCAAGUGCACAGAUGCUCGGAAGGGUUGUGAUUGGAAGAGUGUGCUAAGGGAAAGUGAAGCAGCUAUUGCUGCCGGAGCUGACUUUUCUCCUCAGCUCCUUAUGUGUAGAGCAGAAGCACUUUUGAAACUCCACCAACUUGAAGACGCUGAAUCAAGCCUAUCAAACAUUACCAAAUUGGAACCACCUACUGCCUCUUGCUCACAGACUCAGUUUUUUGGAAUGCUCUCUGAAGCUUAUCCCUUCUUUGUCCGAGCUCAGAUUGAAGUGGCAUUAGGAAGGUUUGAGAAUGCAGUUAAAGCUGCUGAGAAAGCUGGGAAAAUUGAUCCCCGGAAUGUUGAAGUUGCGGCACUGCUAAACAAUGUCAAGUUUGUGGCAAGAGCCCGUGCCCGUGGCAAUGACCUCUUCAAAUCUGACAGGUUCACGGAAGCCUGUGCAGCUUAUGAAGAAGGCCUCAAGUUUGAUCCAUCCAACUCUGUUCUCUAUUGUAACAGAGCAGCUUGUUGGUUUAUGCUGGGGCUUUGGGAGCGAUCUGUUGAAGACUGCAACCAAGCCUUGCGUAUUCAGCCAAAUUAUACAAAAGCCCUUCUCCGAAGAGCUGCCUCAAACAGAAAGCUAGAGAGGUGGGCUGAUGCAGUGAGAGAUUAUGAGGUUUUAAGAAGGGAACUUCCAGAUGACAACAAUGUUGCUGAGUCCUUAUUUCAUGCGCAAGUUGCAUUGAAGAAAUCUCGUGGUGAAGAAGUUUACAAUAUGAAAUUUGGCGGUGAAGUAGAGGAAGUGUCAGGUCUUGAGCAGUUCAGAGCAGCAGUAUCAUUACCUGGUGUAUCGGUAGUCCAUUUCAAAUCAGCAUCUAACUCACAAAGCAAACAAAUAUCUCCUUUUGUGGAUACAUUGUGCAGCCGCUACCCUUCGAUAAAUUUUGUCAAGGUGGAUAUUGAUGAGAGCCCGGCAGUUGCAAUUGCUGAAAAUGUGAGGAUUGUACCAACAUUCAAGAUAUACAAAAAUGGCAGCCGGGUGAAGGAAAUUGUCUGCCCGAGUCGUGAUAUGUUGGAACAUUCAGUGAGGCAUUACAGCUUUUAGGACUCAGACUAUAUAUUGUACUUCUGUCAUUUUUAAGAUUUCUUGGUACCCAAACUCUCAAUUCAACUAGAGUACACUCUUCCACUGCCAUCCCAGUUCUUCCUCCCACCAUAGAUCAACCAUUAGAUGACUCUGACAUAAAUCAGAAUCACAUAAUAAUCUCAUUGGCCAAUGGAGCCCAGAGAGGUAGCUUAGCCCCUUUUGCAGUUUUUAUUUAUUCAUUCAUUUCUCAUUGUCCUUGGGUUCCAUUUUCUUCCUGCCAUCUCCUUUUGUCAUUUUCUCUUUCUUUUUCUUCUUGCAUUUCCUUUUCCAUUUUCUUGGUAGGCCAGCAUGGUUCUUGUAUCUCCACAUCCUUCAAGAGGAAAACAAAAAUUCAGAGGUAUGUACAAUUUACUUAAAUCUGGUCCCUUAGCCACAUUUUAGAGAGAGAGAGAGAACUAGCAGGCUGUUAGAAGAGAGGAUCUGUACAUGUAUAUAUGUGAUAAUAUAUACAACACAUUGGAAGCCCUGAGGGAGAUUGGAUGGAUGUCUGGUGGGUACUUAGUUUACUGGGUUAGUGAAAAGAAGGAUGAAUAUGUUGUUAUUAACAUUGUAGUUUUUCCGCGAUCAUUUCAUCAAUAAAAAAAAUCCCCAUUUUUUUCCUUA